AUGGUUAAAAGAAUUUUUGGAUACGUUGGCAGCUUGCAAAAUCGAAAAUUGGCAUUUUCUAAUUGGGUAAUCAAACUGCAGAAGGACAUCUCGUUGUCGCGCGCAACUUUCGACCCAACAUCCGAUGGCUCGUCACUCUGGAGUGCUCUCGCUGAGUAUGGGCAUCUUGAUAACGAAGGUAUUUUUGUGGAGAGGUGCGAUGAACUUGGCGUUGCACUUUGUGCGGAAAAUAGUGUUGAAGCGCAGUCAUCGAUAGAUGUGGAGUUCAUUCUGGUUUGGGACAUGCCGGUCAUAAAGUUUGGCGCUGGAAAAAGAGAAUAUAAAAGGUGA